AUAAGGGGGGCGGUAGUUUCCGGUUGUUUGUUAUUUAACAACUCUUGCUACUUGCUGUGUGUUUUUGAAAUGUAUAUGAACUCAGAAACAUUUUAAGCCAACUACUGUUUAUCUAAUACUGAAUUCUUCAACUUAUUAGUAGAACAGCUGCACUAAUGCUUACCUUACAGGACGGUACAGAAGACUCUUCCCUUACAGCCGAUUCGAAUAAGAAUCGCUCUGACACUAUUGAUCUUUCUGAUCAGUCACUUUUAGUUGAUAUUUCAGAUGCUUUGAGUGAAAGAGAUAAGGUGAAAUUUACCGUCCAUACAAAGACAACUCUUCCAACAUUUGCAAAGCCAGAAUUUUCUGUUGUUCGUCAACAUGAAGAAUUUGUAUGGUUGCAUGAUUCAUUUGAAGAAAAUGAAAAGUAUGCUGGAUUUACGAUACCUCCUGCUCCUCCUUGUCCUGAUUUUGAUGCUUCAAGAGAAAAACUACACAAGCUGAGUGAAGGAGAAGGAACUAUGACCAAAGAAGAAUUUAUAAAAAUGAAACAAGAGCUUGAAAUGGAGUAUUUAGCCACUUUCAAAAAGACUGUAGCAAUGCAUGAAGUGUUUUUGCAACGUUUAGCAAGCCAUCCUGUUUUCAGGAAUGAUAGUAACUUGAAAGUAUUUCUGGAAUAUGAACAAGAUUUGAAUGUGAGAGGCAAAAACAAGAAAGAAAUGUUUGCAGAUUUGCUCAGCAACCUUGGAAAAACUGCAGAUGAUUUACUUCUAUCAAGCACUCAAAAGGAUGUUGAUGAGUUCUUUGAACACGAGAGAACUUUCUUGAUUGAGUAUCAUAGCCAAAUAAAGAAUGCUACAUAUAGGGCUGAUAAAAUGACCCAAAGCCAUAAAAAUGUUGCUGAUACUUAUAUUAAGAUAUCAUCAUCUCUUGUUCAACUUGCGACUAUAGAUGGGUCAGAAUUAGAAAAUUUUAAUUUCUUUUUAAGGUUCUUCAGCAAAGUUUCAGAUACAUUUGAGAAAGCUAGGAAAGUGGAAGGAAGAGUGGCAACAGAUGAGGAUCUCAAACUUUCUGACACUUUGAGAUACUACAUGCGAGACACAGCUGCAGCUAAAAACCUUUUGUAUAGGAGAUUAAGAUGUUUGGCUAACUAUGAAGCUGCAAAUAGAAAUUUAGAAAAAGCCAGAGCAAAAAAUAAAGAUGUUCAUCUGGCUGAAACAGCUCAACAAGAAGCUUGUGAUCGUUUUGAAGCAAUUUCCAAACAGGCAAAACAAGAACUUCAAGAUUUCAAAGUGCGUCGUGUGGCUGCCUUUAAAAAGAAUCUUGUUGAACUUGCAGAGUUGGAAAUUAAGCAUGCAAAGGCUCAAGCUCAGCUCCUAAAAAACUGUUUAAUAUCAUUGAAAGAAGAAAAUAAUGUAUAGACAGGAACAUUUUUCACUAAGUUGAACACAAGCUGUGCUUAAGUACUCAACAGUGCUUUUGUAUCAAGCUAUUGAUCUUCCCUGGUUCUUUUGCCGUCCCAGGAUGUGAAAAUCUUCUCAGAAGGAUUCACUGACCGGGUACUUGAACAGCCAGUUGUGAUUGAUGAACUGAUUUUCAAAAUAAAUUUUUAUAAGAAUUAUAUAUGAAUUAUUCUAUAUAUUUGUUAUUUAAUUUUAGUAAUAUGAAAAAUAUGCAGAUAUAUGGCAUGCAUGAACAUGCACAUUGAAACUGUCUCAAGUACAUUUUAAAUAUAAAAAAAAACAUUCCACAGUUUUGAUGUUACCAUGUAAAGAAAUUUUAAGGUACAGUUAUUUUUCUCCCUUUGUGCAUAUAUCAAAGUAUUACAAUUUCAUUUUAAUACAUAAAGAAUAGUAUGAAUAAUAUUAGUUAUCUUCGGCAACUGAUUAAGAAUUCUGCAAUUUUUUAUUGUGCUUAUAUAUAAUAAUAUUUGAAUUAUUGUUAACACUUUGUAAUUUUAAAGAAAUGAUUUAUUUUUAUGAUUACAAUAUUAUGUAUCCAUGUAAUUUAUUUUGGAAUUUUGCAUUUCUUCAGCUGUUUGCCUUAGAUAUCUUGAUUAUUGGAGUUGGUUGACUGUUUAAAAAAUACAUGUGAAUAAAGUUAUUUUCUUCAGAAAAUUGUGCCAAUACUAAUUUUCCGUUUGUUUUGAUCAUUACACUAUUAAGUCUUAAUUGGUAUUUUAUCAGUUUGUUUCCUUCAGUGAUUAACAAUUUUUGUGUAUGAUUUUUAGAAUUGUAAUGGUGCUAAAGUUUCAAAAUAUGUUAUUCUAAAGGUUCUUAAUUUUUUUAAUAAUAUUUCAGCUGUGAAAUUCAUUUUUAUAUUUAUCUUUGAUAUAUUGAGAUAAUUCAUGACCUUUGUUCAAAAAGCUUCCUGUAUUGUAAAUUGGAUUGUUACAUAUUACUUGUUGUCUGAAAGAAAUGUGAAGAUGUUUGAAAUGCAUUUUUUUCCCAAUAAAUAUGUUCUGAGUUGGU